AUGAAGAACCACAGUCUUCCUCUGGAGUUGAUAGAAGAAAUUCUACUGAGGUUGCCUGUAAGAUCCAUCUUGCGUUUCAAAUGCGUGUGCAAGUCAUGGUUUUCUCUCAUCUCCGAACCCCAAUUCGCUGUUUCCCAUUACGACCUAGCCGCCACACCCACCCAUCGACUUCUUCUCAGAUCAGACUAUUAUUUCUACGCUCAAUCCAUCGACACAGACACACCGCUUAACAUGCACCCCACCACAGUGAAUUUACUUCUCCCCCCUCCAUCACCUCCACGCGAUCCCGGCCCCAGCAACUUCAACCAUUACUACGAUUCUCGCUUUCAACCCGAGAUUCUGGGUUCAUGCAGAGGGUUUUUACUUUUAUACUACAUCACCCGCAGAGAAAUCAUUCUAUGGAACCCCUCAAUUGGUCUCCAUAAACGAAUCACGGACGUUGCAUAUAGAAACAUAACCAAUGAGUUUCUCUUUGGCUUUGGGUAUGACCCAUCAACAGAUGACUAUUUGCUUAUUCUCGUUUCCACGUUUUUUAUAACUCCUCCAGAAGUCGGGCUCCAUGUUUUCUCCUUCAAGACUUGCUCAUGGAAGGAAUACUACCCUAGUCUUUCGUAUGAUGAUUGCGGCAAUAAAUGCAGAGCUGGGUCGCUGUUGAACGGGGCUCUUCAUUGGUUGGUUUUCUCUAGGGAUAAGAAGAGGCAUGUGAUCAUUGCUAUUGAUCUGAUACAAAUGAUUUUAUUUGAGAUUCCACUGUUGGAUAGUUUAAUUUCCGAAAAAUAUCUAAUAGAUUGUUUAAGAGUAAUAGGAGGAUGUCUCGGCGUGUGUUGCUGGGUCCAAGAACGUGAAGUCACUGAAAUAUGGGUGAUGAAAGAAUACAAAGUGCAAUCAUCUUGGACUAAGUCCUUUGUUAUUCCGAAUUAUGAUGAAUACAUUCACUUUUCCCCCAUAUGCAUCACCAAAGAUGGUGGAAUUUUUGGAUCAAAUAAUGGAGGGAAAUUUUUAAAACUUAAUAAAGAAGGAGAGUGGCUUGAGGAACUCCUAUAUGGUCAUUACGAAUGGUCGUACUGUCAUAAUCUACAGUCUGCUUUGUAUAGAGAGAGUCUACUGUUGAUCCCUGGUGUCAUUGGAGAAACGAGUGAGGAUGAUGACCAGAAAUAA